AUGGCGGGGGUACCUUUUCAGAUUCCUGGCCUGGGCGAGGCGAAACCGAACGAGCAACUUCCUGUCGAAAACUUCGCGCCGGAUCUUAUCGCCGCCGCCGCAAGUAUAAUGGAGGAGGAUACGAUCACUGAGGGCGCUACUAACGGGGAUGCGCAGUGGGAGAAAAGGGAGAAAGAAAAGAAGCAAGAAAAGGUGGCGACAGAAAAUAGCACAGCGGCAGACAAGAUGGUUGAUGGCAUGGAACUCGACAUAGGCAAUACCAACACUUCGUCUACAAACCAAGACCCGAAGCAAGAUACCAAGAUGCACGACCAAGAACCGAAGGUCGUGGAAGGUCAGGCGCCCGAUGUCGACAUGAAGACGGACGACGACGCGCCAAGCCCGGAUGUUACGCAUGCCCUGGAGGCUGCGCUUGACGGCAUGAUGUCGCACAUUGCAGAGCCCGACAAGCCGGCUCAGAAUGAGGAUGGGGGCAAUACAGCGCAGCAGCAGAACGCGCCAGAUGCGCCGCAAGAGGGGGGGCAGCCGGAAUGGGAGGCUGAUUCAUCGCCGUAUGAAUCGUCGUCGGAGUCUUCUAGCUCGGAUAGCGACUCGGACGACGAUUCGGAAGACGGCGGUAGCUACCCGCUCCUUGGCAUUGAAGAGACAGCCCGUCUCCUGAUGGCCGCGGAUGGUGAUGGCGAUGGAGAUGGCGACGGGAACGGCAAAUCCAAGGGUACCGGUGCAGCACUCCGGACCAAGAACGAGGUAGUCGAGGCAGUGAUCCCCAAGCCCGAUGUCAACAUUACACCGGAGAUGAGGAUCGAGCGCCUGGGCAAUAUCGAGUUCAUCGUCGAGACCACCGUCGUUAUCAAGUCGCAAACGCCCGGCGAGGUUCAGGUGUUGGAUUCGGGAUCCGUGCUCUGCCGGGAAGACCGAACCGUCAUUGGCGCACUCGCCGAAGUCUUGGGGAAUGUCCGGAGUCCCAUGUACACGGUCGGGUUUUCCACCGAGGAUGACAUCAAAAGCCUCGAGUUGCACGCAAACUACGUCUUUACACAGCCGCUGAAGGAAGCCAGGGGCACCGACGCCAGCAAUCUCCACGACGAGGAGUUGCCUGCCGAGGAAAUGGAGUUCUCUGACGACGAGAAGGAAGCCGAGUACAAGAGAGCGCAAAAGCAGAAGAGGCGGGGAGGCAAGGCGGGCCGCGGCGGGCGGGAGCAGAGCAAUGCGCCUAAUCAUACCCUGUCUCCCCACCCGGCAGCUGGCUCCGGCCUCAACUACGACGAGGACGAGGACGGGCCGUACAAGCCCCUGGCUCGGCCCGCUGGGUAUGGCCAAGGUGGCCCACCGUCUCUUCCCCCCCCGCCUCGUGGCGGCCGUGGCCAUGGUCACCGCGGAGCCCAUCGUGGAGGACGGGGUGAUUUCCGUGGGCGCAAUCAACGUGGCGGUGGCCAUCGGGGUGGCGACCGGAGACACGGCUCACGUGGGAACGGAAGCAAUUCGUAUCAACAGUUCGGCCGGGACGGCGCGGCCUCGCCCCAGACGACCUUCCCCAAUGUCCCGCCGCCUCCCCCCCAAAACCCUCAUUUACCCCCCUCCCCCUUUCGGCGCAAAGCCCCCAACGCCCGCAGGGCAAUGGCCGGCGCCUCAUGUUCCCUAUGUGCCCCCUCCCCCAACUUCAACUUUAACUAUCAGGCCUGGAACCAAAACCAGGGCCAACAGUACCAGUACCCUCAGACGACUACUCACCAUCAGUCACCCCCUCCCCAACAGCCCGCACAUGCAACUGGUUAUACGCAGCCGUUUGUCCCCCCUCAGACUCCGGCAUGGCCGGUACCUGGGGCUACGCCGCAGGCACCUCCCGCGGCGGGUGCAUACAACGCAGCCUUCUUUGGCGGGUAUCAGCAGCCGCAACAACAAGGGCAGCAAGGGCAGCAGUACUGGCCUCAGCAGCCACACGGUGCUUAUGGCCAGGGCCCAAGCCAAUAAUGCCCAGGAGAGACUUCACCCCCAACUCGGUGUGCUUCUCGGGGAUUGGUUCGCGCCGCGAACUUGAAAGUUCCUUUCGGUCGCUGGGCCAUCUUAACCACCCCAAAGCGGCUCAGCAGGCGGCUCAGCGCGCGACGUCACCCCAAUGUACCACACCAACAGAAAUUACAGGGCCGGCGCAACCGGGUUUUCUUGGGCGUUGGGAGGGGUGACGUCGAGCGAUGACGCCAGAACCGUCCUCUGAGAUACACCAUGUACAUUGAUGUAGAGAUGUAUAUGACCUCAAUCCGGCAGAUACAAAUACCGCCCUUAUGGAAAAGAGUUUGGUCUCGGAAGCAGACGGAUAUCCAUGUAUCAUUCACGGAAACAUCACAAAAUCGGCGUCGAAGUCAGGGCUGGGAUGGACAGCGAGUCAGUGAUAGAUUGGGAACGGAGCAAUCGUCAGCAUCAUUGUUCCGAUUCCCUUGAGCUGUCUGUAGUUUAUUCAUCAGAUGUU